UCUUGCCUAGACGCCGCUCGCGCCCCCGCCAAGGCGGCAGCUCCCGCCGGCGUCGAGGGCGUGGCGGCGAGGCUGCUGGCGGCCGGCGCGGCACCGACUCUUACCCUGCUGGCGUCCGCUGCGCCUCCCCAGGACCGGACCCUCGUGGCUCCUUGGGCACUUUGCAGCGCGUCCGGCCUCUCCCUGCCUUCCUGCCUUCCUGCGCCCGCCAUGCGCACAGUAGAUGCCUGGUAGACACCUUAGAACUUUAAAAACGGAAAAGACCUGCUUUGAGGGGACAGUGCUGAGGGACACUAUGAAAUCUUGGAGUGAUAGCCAGUCAGAUCUCUGUAGCAGUGACCAAGAGGAAGAAGACAUGAUUUUUGGUGAAAAUGAAGAGGAUUUGGAAGAGAUGAUGGAUUUAAGUGACCUGCCUACCUCCCUUUUUGCGUGCAGCGUCCAUGAAGCAGUGUUUGAGGUGCAGGAGCAGAAGGAGAGAUUCGAAGCACUUUUCACCAUCUAUGACGACCAAGUAACGUUUCAGUUGUUUAAAAGCUUUCGAAGAGUCAGAAUAAAUUUCAGCAAACCUGAAGCAGCAGCAAGGGCUCGAAUAGAGCUCCAUGAGACAGACUUCAACGGGAAGAAGCUGAAGCUGUAUUUCGCACAGGUGCAGGUGUCCAGUGAAACUCGGGACAGAUCGUACCUGCUGCCGCCCCAGCCUGUCAAGCAGUUCCUCAUCUCCCCGCCUGCGUCUCCUCCGGUGGGCUGGAAGCAGGGGGAGGACAUGAUGCCUGUUAUAAAUUAUGAUUUGCUCUGUGCUGUUUCCAAACUGGGACCAGGAGAGAAAUAUGAGCUUCACGCAGGAACAGAGUCAACACCGAGUGUGGUGGUUCAUGUCUGUGAAAGUGAGACUGAAGAGGAAGAAGAAACCAGAACCCCUAAACAGAAAAUCACCCAGACAAGGCGCCCCGAGCCUCCACCUGCAGCCCUGAGCGAGCCCCGGGCCUUCGAUUGUGCACUGUGAGGCUUUGGUGGCUCGAGGCAGUGGCCCGCGUGGCUGGGCAGCGGGGGCCACACGCCGGAGAUGGGGACCGCCUGACACCUGCGUAACCUCGGCCAGGCCAGGACGGAGCCGAGCACCUGUGCCGUGGGCCAUGCGGUACAGAACCGUGGCCGGGUUUGCCUGUGCAAAACUUAAACGAUGUUCCAAACAGCACCUUAAAGUAAAGAAUAGCCCCCUGACCUGUGGCAACUCUUCACCCUUUUUAAACAGUAGCAAAUUAGGAAAAUGCCCCCCCCAGCAACAUUAAUUUCUCUGAUUCCAUACAGCAUGGGGUACCCAUAAAACCAAAACUCUAGUCACCAGGCGCAGUACUACUUAAAAAUAGUCUUACUCAGGAGUUCCUGUCGUGGCUCAGUGGAAACAAAUCUGACGCGUAUCCAUGAGGAUGCAGGUUCGAUCCCUGGCCUCGCUCAGUGAGUUAAGGAUUUGGCGUGGCUGUGGCAUAGGCAAACAGCUACAGCUCUGAUUUGACCCCUAGCCUGGGAACCUCUGUAUGCCACAGGUGCAGCCCUAAAAAGACCAAAAAAAAAAAAACCAAAAUAGUCUUAAUCAUCUAAUGUGGGUAUUUUCGUAAUGGUGUAUUGGCUUCCAACUAACCUACUGGUCAGAAGUUUAUCACUCUUCAAUAAACAUAGGAAUUUUUUUUGCACACACAAAAGAAACCUGAAAUACAAGUGAUUCAUGGAAAAUCAUUAGUCUUAAGCUUUUUUUUUUUUUUUUCUUUAGCUUUGGGGAAGAAAUGCCAAAUUUGCUCUGACUCUCAGAAUCAAGGGGCCCAAAUCUACAGGCACAUGUUCUUGUCCCUUUACUCACUCGAAGUCAGAGAAGAGGGACACCCAGACCCCAGUUCCAGUGCUGACCCUCCCGAGACCGAGCUACUGCUUUGGAAGCGGAGGUAUCCCCUGUAAGCUGGAUAACUGUGACCUCAGGCAGCCACCGCGCUCUGCCGUUUGUGACCAGGUUCUGGCCUGUAGCCAGGACUGUCUUCAGGCACCAGUUGAGUUUGUUAUACAUAUUGGUGUCAUCGUCAUUCAUAGUCUUUAAAUUAGAAGAAGUAAGGAUAAGAUGUUCUGAAGGCCAUUUUUAAAUUGUCCAUCCAGACACGUUCCAGUUUGCUUUGAAAGAAACGUCACACACAUUCUUUUUGUAUGCAUUAGGGGAAGAUGGGGCCAGGUGGAAAUAUUUCAUGAGUCAGACUUCCUUUGGAGUGACAUUUUUUUGACCCUAAAACAGAACUGUUUCCUGCUUGUGUUUCAGAGUAUAUCAUUGAACCUGCUAAAGUAGCAGUAGACACCUUUUAACUCUUUGUGGUCUCUUCGGACUUUCAAGUCCCUUUCAUAGAAAAGUACCACAACCAAGAAGACCUUGUUUCCGGUGGGGUGGCUCUGCUGAUUCCCUGCUCACGCAGUGGUUUUCUUUGUUUGGCAAGUGCUUCGUGUUCCCUGGUGUAUAUGUGUUCCCAUGUGAGUUUGGACUAAUAAACCCAUGUGGCUGCCACUACAAAGAAAGAAAAAUGCAGAAAUGCAGGCCGCGCUGUCUGUACGUUUUUGGUAACAUGUUUCUGUGGUUUAAUUGCUCUUACUGUGGUAGAAUUUAUUUCUGAGGACUUAAACUUUGUUGCAAAAAAAAAAAGGUUUCUGUAUUUUCCUUGCCCUCAAAUGCUGAGAUGAUCACUUCCUCUCUUUGUACGUGUCCACCACUGCUAAGCCUCAGUGUGCAUUCACUUGAAAUCUGUAAUUCCAUAGGUGAUUUUAUUAAAUUCAUUAUUUGGUAGUUUAACUGGAACCCAAUAAAUAAAUUUACUUUGCAGUUCUAAA